UCAUUAAGGUCAGGUCUGUGUUAGUGUAGUGUGUGUGUGUGUGUGUGUGUGUGUGUGUGUGUGUGUGUGUGUGUGUGUGUGUGUGUGUGUGUGUGUGUGUGUGUGUGUGUGUGGGUGUGGAGGGGUAGGCGGGAGAGGGGGCACAGAGAGAGAGAGAGAGAAAGAGAGAGAGAGAGAGAGAGAGAGAGAUCCGCGGAGGAGAAAGGAGGACAGAUCGGAGGCAGAAAGCAGGAGGCGCUGCUCGCAGUCAGUCAGGAGGAUGCUGCGCUGACACGCGGACCGUCGGCGCUCUCUAAUCCGGACCUCAUACCUUACCAGACCGAACUGUACCGGCUCCACCUGCACGACUCACUGAAGACCGACACACACACACACACACACACCCUCUCCUCUGCACUCCUGUGGACCGGCUCGUGUCGCCAUGCCGCCGGCCGCCUGCUCGCUCCGGUACCGUCUCCGCAUCACCUUACGCGCGGAGCUGUGGAUCGGGCUGCUGCUGUGGAGCUGCGUCUCAGCAGGAGAUAAAGAAGUCCCCACUGCCGGCCCCUCUGCCCAAUCUCCAGUGGCAACACCGGGGAGCACAAAGGAAAACAGCCCCAAAGCCAAAACCUCCGGUGCAUUAGCUGGAGGUUUGCUGCACACAGUGCUCACUCAAAAAGGAAGACUUGUCUCCCAGAAAGGGGACAUCCUGCCCUCCUCUCUGCCCCAGAACCUGCUCCCUCUUCUGGGCAGAGGACUCAGUGUCAGCUCCCCGGAGCGUGAAGGCGGGGGAUUACUGAGGAGAGUAAAACCCCCAGCAUCAGCUGCAGCGUCAGGCCCGGGCAGCGAUCCAACAGAGCCUCCGCCUACAGACACACACUCCCCGCCGCCGCACACACAGACACACACGCCGGAGCUGGAGGCCGAGAUUACCACUGUGGGCACGAUGCCGGAUGUGGACACAGAGACAGGAACACCUCCUCCAGCUUUGUCGAGCUGCAUGGUGAAUUUCUCCGACCCAGAGGGGUACAUCGACUCGUCUGAUGACCCCCCUCUGCCCGACACCACCUACCUGCACUGCACCUACACAGUGACGGUGUACACCGGCUACGGAGUGGAGCUGCAGGUAAAGAGUGUGAACCUGUCGGAGGGCGAGCAGCUCUCCAUCAGGGGUGCGGAUGAACGCGGCGCCCUGCUGGUCCUCGCCAACCACACGCUGCUGGUGGAAGGUCAGGUGAUCCGCAGCCCCACCAACACGCUGUCCGUCUACUACCGCUCCGCUCUGGACGGGAACGUGGGCUUCUUCCAGCUGCACUAUCAGAUCUUCAGACUCAGCUGCGCGCUGCCCAAGAGGCCUCACUACGGGGAGGUGUCCGUGCUGGACCUGCUGCCAGGAGGCGUCGCCCGCUUUCACUGUCACAUGGGUUACCACCUGCAGGGGGAGACGCUGCUCACCUGCCUCAACGCCUCCCUGCCCGUGUGGAGCGGGAAAGUGCCCACCUGUAGAGCUCUGUGUGGAGGCACGCUGAAGAACGCCACAGUAGGGCGGGUGCUGUCUCCGUCUCCUCACCACGGGCCCAACGCCACCCAGGACCGCUCCUGUUCCUGGUCUCUGGAGGCCCCCAAGGACCAGAGGCUGCACCUCCACCUGGAGAGGCUCGCUCUGGGACCCACCGACAGGCUGGUGCUGUGGAGCGGGCUGGACGCCGGCUCUGUGGUUCUGUUCGACUCGGGUCGGGGGGGACAGAUACCCUUCGAGGGAGUGAUCAGCGAGGGUCCGGCUGUGAGGAUCCAGUUCAUCACCGAUCAGCCGAACCACAACAUGGGAUUCAACAUCCGAUAUGAAGCGUUCGAGCGCGGCCACUGCUACGAGCCGUACCUCCAGAACGGGAACUUCACAACCACCGACCCGCUGUACGGGGUCGGCGCCGUGGUCACGUUCACCUGCGACGCGGGUCACGCUCUGGAGCAAGGCCCGCCCGUGAUCGAGUGCAUCAGCGCCAGAGAUCCGUACUGGAACGACACAGAGCCGCUGUGCAAAGCUCAGUGUGGAGGAGACCUGAGCGGCCCCGGAGGAGUGAUCCUGUCUCCAAACUGGCCCGAGUGGUACGGAGAGGGAGAGGACUGCAGCUGGAGGAUCCACGUCGGGGAGGACAAACGGGUGCUGCUCGAUGUGCAACUGUUCCCUUCAGAGGUUUCCCGGAACGACUCCUGUGCAGACCUGCCCGAGAUCCAGAACGGCUGGAAGACCACGUCCCACAUCGCUCUGGUGCGAGGCGCUCGGAUCACCUACCAGUGCGACCCGGGAUAUGACCUGGUGGGCCGAGAGACCCUCACCUGUCAGCUAGACCUCUCCUGGAGCUCCCAGCCCCCGUUCUGUGAAAAGAUCAUGUACUGUUCAGACCCCGGCCAUGUGGAGCACUCCACCCGGUCUCUGUCCGACCCCAAACUCUUAGUGGGGACGACCAUUCAGUACAGCUGCAACCCUGGCUUCAUUCUGCAGGGCGGCGCCACCAUCACCUGCUACGGACGCGAACCGGGGACCCCCGUGUGGACGUCUCGCCUCCCUCACUGCGUCACUGAGGAUUCUGUUUCCUGUGAAAACCCCGGUCUCCCUGACAACGGCUACCAGAUCCUGUCCAAGAGGCUCUACCUGCCAGCAGAGUCGCUCACCUUCGUUUGUUACCAAGGUUACGAGCUCAUCGGGGAGGUGGCUAUAAAGUGCAUCCUGGGGAACCCGUCGUUCUGGAGCGGACCACUUCCUCUCUGCAGGGCCAACCAUGACUGCUUUGGCAACCAUGCUUUGGAAGUUGCCGAGGCGACUGCAGGCUCCACUCUGGACGGAGGGAACAUAGCGCUCGCCAUCUUCAUCCUGGUUCUUCUUCUCUCCGUGCUGCUCGGAGGAGUUUACGUCUACGUCACACGAUGUCGGUAUCACUCCAACUUAAGGCUUCCUCUGAUCUACCCUCACCCGUACCGACAGAUCACCGUGGAGACCGAGUUCGACAACCCGCUGUACGAGACGGGAGGGCAGGACACUCGUGAAUAUGAAGUAUCGAUAUGAGAAAACUUCACUUAAAGACAUUUCUAAACCAGGACUGACCGCCCCCCCUCCCAACUCCUCGCCCCCCUCCUCCUCCCUCCUUCUCCGUCCAGGAGGAGGCGUUGUAAAUACAAACAGAUGAUGUCCAGCCCCUUCUGCCCGGGAGACGCCGUGAUCCAUCCUGUUCUCUCCUCCUUUUGGCCGAACAAGUCUCAUGGCGUGAUGAUAAAUCAGAGAGAGAAAACAGGAAGUGGGAGGAGACAGAAGAGUCUGUGUUUGUGGAUCAGUGUCGCUGGGAGAUGAUUGGAGAUGGAGGACAGAGGGGGGGAAAAAAGACCCAAAGAUCAUCAAACGUGGUGAGAGAAGGGGAGAUGUUUGGUGUGAAAUGUGAAAAAGAAGUGAAGGGGGGAGGAGUCAGGGGACAGGAAACAGGAGGGAUCGGGACAUCAAAGCUCUUUUUUUAGUAUUUUUUUUGUCAAAGGAAUUAAAGCAAAAAGUCCUGAAACAUGUGUCAGAGCAGGAGGGAGAAUAAAGGCUGCGAUCGUUUAGAUUCAGACUCCACGUUUAAUACUACUGACGGCUGUUUUCUCAUGGUUAGCAGAAGCAGUGCACACCCCCUCCUGUGCUGGAUUAAAAUGUCUUAACACACACACACACACACACACACACACACACACACACACACACACACACACACAGGACUCACAGGAGGCGCCCCGUACUUCCAUGUUUGCUGUUCUUUCAGAGCUGGAUUUAGUUUCACACAACAUCUUCAACUGCUGCUACUUUAAACACUUAAAGACAAAGAAAAGGUUUUGAGUUAUGGUCCAACGUGUUUGUACAAUUUAGAGACAGUGUGCAAGAAAAUGGUGGACUGCCCCUCCAGGUGGGGAGCGGGUCUUUGUCCCCAAGUGGAGGAGGAGUUUUAGUAACUCUGGGUCAUGAGCUUUGGGUAGUGACCAAAAGAAUAAGAGUGCUGAUACAAGCGUCUGAAAUGAGUUUCCUCUGGAGGGUGUCUGGGCUCAGCCUAUGAGAGAGGGGGAGGAGCUUAGACAUUCAGGGGGUGGAGCUUAGACAUUCAGGGGGAGCCGUAUGAGGUGGUUCAGGUAUCUGAUCAGGAUCCUCCUGGUCGCCUCCCUUUGGAGGUUUUCCUGGCAUGCCCAACUGGGAGGAGACCCCGGGGUAGACCCAGAGCUCACUGGAGGGAUUAGAUAUCCUGUCUGGCCUGGCCUGGGAACGCCUCGGGAUCCAAUAGGAGGAGGAGCUGGAAAACCUUGCUUGGAGCUCGGAUAAGAGGAAGAAAAGGGCUGGAUGGAAAAUCAAGGAAUGGCCCAAUAUUGGGUUUCCUUUAGACUUCUAUUUUUGUUGUCGUGGUUUCUUCACAAGGUCUCGAUAACGUCUGAUUUAAAUGGUAUUUGAAUUUUAACAUUCUGUUGUCAUGACGACCCUUGUCUGUCUGAACAAGCAGAAACUCCCCUCUCUCUGUUGGUAUUCAAAGGAGCUGCCAAAUAAUCUGGACUGAAAUCUUAAGGGGAUAAAACUUUUGGGUUUCUUGGGGACACGUUGAGGUAGAGAGGAGGGGGGUCACCACCUGUCGCUUUAAAAUUAUUAAAACAGCGAGGAAAUAACGGAGGGUGGCUUUGAUAACUAGUCUGACACAGGAUGUGGUGCUGUCUCCUGUCCCUGAACUCCCCCCCCCCCCACCCCGCCUGCGGUCACCUUGGAGGUUUUUUCAUCUGCAGCCGGUCCAGCUCUGGUGUUAGCUGUAGUUUAAUGGUUUUCAAAACCUCUGACUCUCAGGCCGGGGAGGUGCUGGGGUCUUAUUUCUCACAUGUAGUUCGAGUGAUGACUGUCAUAAAGCGGCCUCAGGGGUCCCCCAGGUCCGCGCCCGGCUGAUGAUCGAAAACAGGAAACUGAAAAAAAACAUGCACUGUUGCAGAUGUGGAGGUUGAAAUGUGAAUAGAGUAGCUGUAGUUAACAGGCCGAUCAAUCAACCCCCCACCAGAUGAUGUAUUUAUUUUGAUGUACUGUAUAUGUGACGUUUUAUGAAAAUUGAUAAAUGUACAUUUUCAUUAUGAGAAGACAAAUGUUAACAGUUUCCCAAAAUAAAGACGUAAAACUUCAAUAAAAAGUACAAAACACUUUUUAAA